AUGAAGAUAACAGGGGCCGUUCUGCUCUUCGCUCUGGCACUUUGCUGCUUCUACUCAGAUGCUGCUGGCCAGGCUGGUAAGGGUUUCUGCAGUGAGUUCAAGGAGCCUCCAGAAUUCUGCACUGAGGAGUACAAGCCUGUUUGUGGCACUGAUGGGAAAACAUACAGCAACAAAUGCUUCUUUUGCAAAGCAGUCUAUGAAAACCUUGGAAGUCUUUGCUUUGCACGAUAUGGAAAAUGCUGAAUCCUCGGGGUGCCGAGUGCUGAUAUGGAGCUGAACCCCAUUUGCUUCUAGUUCCCACCAGCAGAUCCCCG